CCCAGAAGUCUUUGUGCGCCUUCCACUUGGCUAGAGGAAGCGACAGUUGCCUGGAGACAGAAGGCGGGGAGAGUCAAACCACUUGGAGCUCGGCGGCCUCUUCUCGUCCGGACAGCCAUUUGUCUGCAGCUCUCUGCUCCUCCCAAGAUAUUGACUGCAUGCGCCCAGUGAUAGAGAAAGGCUUUGUCAUUUCAAGACCUCCAAAAAGGAGAGUUUUUGGUUGCUGAGGCUAAGAUGGCAGAGGGGUUGUCCAGGAUCACGGGUCCCAUUCCCCCAGACCCCACCCUGUGUCCAGAUUACUAUAGGCGCCCUCUCUCAGCCCGAGGGAGACUAGAAGGGAACUCUCUGAAGCUGGACCUGCUUCCUGGCCCCAUUCCUCCAGAGUGCAGCCUUUACCCGACCUGUUACAGUGCUCGUCUCGCUCACCCUCCUCCCCGGAUAAAAGCGAAUGGCAAGGACAUUCUGGAGAGGGGUCAGCAGGGCACAGUGAGUGCUUUGCUGCAGCUAGACGGCAUUUCCUUCUGUCAGGAGCAGACACUUAGACGCAGAGACCACAAGGACCAUGAGAAGGAGAAUCUGAAGCGCAUGAGGGAGAUUCAGAAGAAGUAUCGAGAGAAAGAGCAGGCUCGGGAGCUCAACCAGCGCAAGCCAGUGAAAGCCCUCUGGAAGUCUCAGAAGUAUGAGAAUGUGGAGUCCAAAGUAAAAAUCAAGUUGCAGGAGGGUCCUAUUUCUCCGAAUCCAGAGGCACAAAAAUACCUGAGAGCAUAUUCUCGCUGUGGCACAGGAAUCCAUCCACGAAGGUCAGUGUCUCCAAACCAGACCCAAUCAAAAGAAACAGUGGAUAUAGCAGCUGCACCAGAAGCACAAGGCCAUAAUUCCAAGGCCCAGGGAGGCAUCAAGGAGGUGGAUUUUGUUAGCCACAAUGCCCAAAAUGCUAAGCGAGCUCAGUUGCGGCGCUCGCGUUCCUUGCAAUCACUGACUGAAGCGCUGGAGCAGAGACGCAAGGAGCAGGAAGAGUACGAUGCUAAACAGAAGGGACACGUCCCCCGCUAUCUGAUUGAGAGGAAAGAGCACUGGCGCAAAGAAGCGGAAGAAUACCAGCGCAACAUGCCUGACCCUGCCAUGCCCCCAGGCCAUGCCAUGAUGCCAGAGAGUCAGAGGCUGGAAACACUCGGCAACUUGAAACAGAGUCAAGAGCAACUUCUGAAAGAUCUCUUGCUGCUUCCAGUGAGAGUUGACACUCUGAGUGUCCAAAACCGACGGGUUGCUCUAGAGAAGAAGCUGUCACAGAUUGAAGAGGCACUCAAGAUAUUCUCCCGGCCCAAAGUCUUCAUCAAGCUGGAUUCCUAGAUUGGGGCAGAAGGUGCUCCCUUCCCCAACCUUCUUUUCUGAACUGUAAUGGAGAGGAAGGAGGGAUUUUUUUUCCUGCUUAUUCCUGAACUGAGCUAGAUUCUCUCUUUUACCUGAACUCACACCAAUCCAGUGACUGAAACUUUGUUUGCUCACACUAGUGGCCGACUUUUUUUUCUAAUGCAUUGCUCUUGGCAACUCGUCUUUCAGGGGUUAGGAAGCCAAAUAUGUCCAUCUAUAUAGGGGUUAAGAACAUCUGUCCCAUCUAUAUGGUGUAGAACUCUCCUCAUGGCAACCAGUGUGGCCAAAGUCAGGGACAACAGGAGAUGUAGCAAAACUUUAUAAGCAAAUGGGCUAGGUUGAUAAAAACAUGCAGCGGGAUGGGGAUGGAGAUCGAAGAGAGAGUUUCCAUAUUCCCAGGAAUGUGAUUAAAAGUUGGGAAAAUUUGGUAGCCACAGUUUGACUGCCUGGCAGCAGUAGUUUCGCUUAGUGCUAAGAAAGAUCAGAACCAGUGCCUGGGGAAGCAAUCACCUACAUUAUAGAAACUCUCAGCCCUCUCUGAGGCAGGGCAAGGGAAACCACAACCAGCAACUUGACAAACAGCUGGAUCUUAGAGGAGUGUAUAUGGUUCUAAAUUGAGUGAUUGGAUGGUUUUAAAUAAAGCAGUUUUUUAAGUAAA